AUGAUGUGGAGGAGACCGUCGUUUAUUUCACUCAAACAGAGCCUGUCGGUGGCUGUUCGCUACAAGCCGAAGCCGCCACUGGCGUUAAGGACGUCGCUCUGCUCAUUAUCACCUGACGUCAGUCCCGGCGCCGUCGACAUUGACGGCGGCGGCGGAGGAGACAGCAUAUCGGUAGUGGAGGCGAAGAAGCUGAUGAGACUGGUGAAUGUGGCGGAGCUGAAGAUGGAGUUGUUGGAGGGAGGGAAGGAGGCGAUGGGGUACUCGGAGCUGCUUAAAACCUGCGAGAGUGUUGGAGUUGCCAAGUCGCAGGAAGAGGCGGCGGCGUUUGCGCGAGUUUUGGAUGAGGCGGGCGUUGUUCUGAUCUUCAGAGAUAAAGUCUAUCUUCAUCCAGAUAAGGUGGUGGAUCUGGUUAGAAGAGCAGUGCCCCAAGCUCUGACUUCUGAAGAUAUCUCCGGAAUGGAUGAACUGAAGAGGCUUCAGAAUAAGAAAGAAGAGAUCGACAGGCUGGCACAUAAGCAAGUCCGGUGCAUCCUCUGGUCAGGGUUAGGGUUAGCUGUUAUACAGGUUGGGCUCUUCUUCCGUCUAACAUUCUGGGAAUUCUCGUGGGAUAUUAUGGAACCGGUUACAUUUUUCACAACAAGCACCGGCAUAGUCAUUGGGUACGCCUACUUUCUGUUUACUUCAAGAGACCCCACUUACCAAGACCUAAUGACAAGUCUUUUUCUAUCAAGGCAGCGAAAGCUGAUCAAGAAGCAUAAUUUUGAUGUCAAACGAUUAAUUGAGUUACAGAAGGAAUGCCGCUAUCUGCUAGAUACCCCUGGUUUUUCCAAAAACCGAUAGGGGUAGAACUGGAAUCUCACGAUGCUUUUCACUAAGCAUAAGCCCAAGUUUGUCUUUGACAUCUUUCUAAGACUUUAUACUAUUAUCACCAUCCAGGCCUUCUACUUUUUUGAGGCUUGGAAUGUAUGUCUAACUAUUACCGGUUUCCUGACCCGACUUUUCAUGUGACGCUUCGUUUCACAAAGAUCUUUCUUUCCCCCUCAUUAGAAAGGACUCAAGCAGGUUAAAAAUGCUUGCUUACGUUAACCAAGUUGGUUACAUCCUUUUCUAAGCCUGUAAUCAAUGUUGUAAUAGUAAACUGGUUUUGUUGUUUGUUGUUUGUUGUUUAACAAAAUUUCAGUUACCUGGCAUGUGAUGUGUCCAACAUUAAUUGUGGUAGAAGACACUGUACAUAAUCAGAACUGCAGGUGCAAAAUUUGUUGAUGGUAGCCAGGCGAUGUGCAAGCAUCUUUGAACCUUGAGCAGUAGCCUGCAGUGGAUCCGAGCGUCACCGAUUUUGUAAUCCUAAGAGGUCUAUCAUCAACUUAACCUUCUUUAUGUUUUAAAAUGCUUUAUGGAAAUUCGAACUGUCAAGAUUGAACAGUGGUACAAGAGUUCCCAUGCAACAAAGAAAGAAAAAGAAAGGCAAAUCCAAUCACUUCUUUGGGUGAAUAAAAGAGGUGAGAAAUGGUGGACUUUCAUUGGUCAAUUUCUGUUUCUGUGGUGAGAUUUGGUGAGAAACCCCAAUCCUUUCUUUUCUCACUAUCCAAAGGGGCUCUCAAGGCAUGGGAUCUUCUAUCCCCAGAAUUUCCUUCCCCCAUGUCCCACUCCAUUCCCAGAAACAAGAUUACGCCUCAAGAUCCCUUUGUUUUGAGAUUCUUGCAGCAUCUUGUGGUUGGGAGUGUAUUAGACAUGUGGACAGGGCCUCCAACAGUUGGGCUCUUAGAACCAUUGCCUCCGCUAGAGCCGCAUUCAACUCAGACUGCAAGUGGGACACCUGGCGCUGUAGAGAUGCUACGAAGGCCACGCAACCGUAGACGGGGUCUGCAAGCCGAGCCUUGGCUUCGUAAACCAUGCUGGUCACUGCAUCUUCUCUGUCAGCAAUGGGAAUCUCCUGUUUCAAAUAUCAGGUCACAUGGAACAUGAUAGAACCAGUUAACUUAAUGCGUGAAAUGAUUGACAUCAAUUACUUUGAUUUCAGGUCAGGUUUUACUUGCAGCAUUUUGCAGACGUUGCUGGCACCGAAGACCCGGUGCACGGCUACGAAUUUCUCUGGUUCAAUGGGUGGAAAGUGCGGCAAAAGGAUGCAGUCCUUCAUGCAUCGCCAACGGAGGAUUCUGCAAGCAGCACAAGGCAUUUUAAUCCUGGCUGCAGCUGAUUCCAUUGCUGUGCGCACAGCCGGAGGGAUAGUUUUUCAACACUGGGUGGUGUUUUUCUGAACUCAUUGGCUUGGUAUUUAUUAGCCAGUAAGGAUGAUCUAGAUACUCAGUAAUUUUGUUCUUAGAAAUAUCUAAUUAGGUACGGCUGGAUUUCUGAAGUGGGAGGCAAUCUGCGAUUUCACUGGCUGCAAGUUGCAAUUAUCUUUUUUUUUUCUUUUCUUUUCGAAAUUGAAGCUUGGAAUUUUUUAGAAAGUGCUAGAGGUAGAUUUAUUUAUCAGUUUUGGAAUAGUUCUAUCAC